AUGCAUUCUGUCUUGCCUGCAUGCGCUCAUGUAACUUCUCCCUGCAUGCUUCUGUGCGUGUGCGCGCGCGUGUAUGUCUGUAUCAACAAUGCAGGCUCCAACGCGUAUGAGUACGCUCCUUUGGUGGAGGCGGGAGAUGCGGCCUUAGAGGAGAUCGUGCGAACCAAUGUGUUGGGUGUGAUGCUGUGCUGCCGCCAGGCCAUGCGCCUCAUGCGGAACCAGCCUGGAGGGGGACACAUUUUCAACAUGGACGGGGCUGGGGCUGAUGGGAAUGCCACCCCGCGCUUCGCAGCCUACGGAGCCACCAAGCGCAGCCUGGCGCAGUUCACCAACUUCGCAGCCUACGGAGCCACCAAGCGCAGCCUGGCGCAGUUCACCAAGUCACUGCAGGCGGAGCUGAAGAUGCUUAAAGUCCCCAACGUCGUUGUGCACAACCUGUCGCCCGGCAUGCCCGGCAUGCCCGGCAUGGUGACCACUGACCUGCUCAUGUCCCCCGCCAACACUGCAGGCACUCAUGCACCCUGCAUUCUCCUCCUCGCCCCCUCCUCCCUCCCCAUCCCAUCAGCCCGGCAUGCCCGGCAUGGGGUCAGUGCUCCGUAUCCCUUCCCUGGUGCUGGUGCCAGUACAGCUACUGCUGUUCAAGUGCUCCGUAUCCCUUCCCUGGUGCUGGUGCCAGUACAGCUACUGCUGUUCAAGUGCUCCGUAUCCCUUCCCUGGUGCUGGUGCCAGUACAGCUACUGCUGUUCAAGUGCUCCGUAUCCCUUCCCUGGUGCUGGUGCCAGUACAGCUACUGCUGUUCAAGUGCUCCGUAUCCCUUCCCUGGUGCUGGUGCCAGUACAGCUACUGCUGUUCAAGUGCUCCGUAUCCCUUCCCUGGUGCUGGUGCCAGUACAGCUACUGCUGUUCAAGUGCUCCGUAUCCCUUCCCUGGUGCUGGUGCCAGUACAGCUACUGCUGUUCAAGUGCUCCGUAUCCCUUCCCUGGCGCUGGUGCCAGUACAGCUACUGCUGUUCAAGUGCUCCGUAUCCCUUCCCUGGUGCUGGUGCCAGUACAGCUACUGCUGUUCAAGUGCUCCGUAUCCCUUCCCUGGUGCUGGUGCCAGUACAGCUACUGCUGUUCAAGUGCUCCGUAUCCCUUCCCUGGUGCUGGUGCCAGUACAGCUACUGCUGUUCAAGUGCUCCGUAUCCCUGGUGCUGGUGCCAGUAGUGGGUGGUAUUUGCACUGCACUGGGACGGCAGUAG